AUCCUUGAGAGAUGCAGGCUACUGCAGUGGUGGAGAUAACUUCUGGUAAAGGCUCCCAAUACAAUGGAGAAAAUAUCCAGAAAGAUGAGCCUUCUGAUCCUAAGAAAGAAAAUUUAUUAUCUUCCAAUAGUUCUAAUGAAGCCAAAUUGACUUUUCUCGAUGAUGACUGGGAUUCCUUGGUACUAAAACAAAUAACUAAUGACAAAGACGUCAGCAGUACUGAGCAAAUGGAUUUAUUGAAGCCAUCUUGUACUGGGACUCCAGAUCCUAACAGAGACAGUAGUCUCUCUCAGGCUAGUGAGUUCAAGGAUAGUAUUGACUGUGCUUUCUUGAAUGAAACAUAUUCUAUACAUUAUUCAGAGUCAAAACUAAGUGAAAGUCUUAUUCCUUUAAAUUCAGAAUUAGAUUCUGAAAUGCAGAAAAGAGAAGGGGUGUUUUUUGAUAUUUUGGAAUAUCAAGGUAAUAAGAUAAUUGGCUUGGAAAGAACCUAUAAGAUUUCAGACAAUGAUUAUAAAGAAACUGCUGAAGAUGUGCAAAAGCAUGAUACAGAUGAAGACUCACAGCAGGAAUAUCACAGUGUGGAAGAGCAAGAAUACACAAGUACCCACUUAUCUUUUGACCAAACAAAAGCAUUGAACAUACCUAAUCUGGAAACUGUUGGAUUAAAAAAUUCAGGUUAUGAAUUUGAAUGUGCUAGCAAUCUAGAAGGUAAUCAUGUUAAAUUGGAAAGUAAUUCUAGCAUCUCUUUAGAUUCAGUUGAUGCUUAUGGACAAGAAGAUGCACAUCAUGGCUCCAAGUUUCAGAAUUCCGUUGUGUUAAGAGAAUAUCACGAACCAAAGCAUGAAAUGUAUAAGGAACAAGAGACAAGUUUAAUGUACCACACAGUCUUUGAUGAAAUUGUACUACGAAGUAGUCCCCUUGAGAGCCAGGAAUCUCAGUCUCAGAAUAGUUUCUUAAACCCUCAAAAAGCAUUAAAAACUAAAACGUAUACUGGCAAAAUGAAAUGUCAAAUAAUGGAAAGUAAAGAUCGUUGUGGGAAUGCAAUUGUUGAGAACAAAAAGUCACACCACCUUGAAAAUUCUAGCACACUACAACAAGACAAAGCUUUACAGAUGUUACUCCAACCUUGUAAAGAUUGUCAAACUUCCUGGACCUCUGUUUUUGAUGACUCAGUAAUAUCUGCCUGUGGAAAUUCACACUGUAAAAGCCUACAAAAUGCCCCUAAUCCAGCCUUAGAUUUUUCUGUUACUCUCCCGAGGAUUGCAGUCAAAGAUAACCAGGCAAUAGAAGAUAGCUCCCUGAAGGUUGCUAAUGGCAGUAGCACAAAUAAAGCUUGCUUUCACAAUACAGAAGGAACACAUCCCAAAUUAGUGACAGACGCAGCAAACGGUACAGUCACAGUCAAUCAGACAGUGGAUGUUAGCACUGAUUUUAGGGCUUGUUUCACAACCAGCAGGGCAACAAGUGCAAGAUUUUCUGUAGCAUCUACGUCAAGCAAUACAGAGAUAACAAUGAUGAACAAAAAACGGCCUGGUGAAUGGCCCAGUGAGAAACAGAGAAGCGUUGCUUGUAAUACAGAUUGGUCAUACAGUCAGAAUAAUGAAGAUGCACCAGGGACUGUGACAAAAUCUCUCUCCGUUGACAGUUCAAAACCUAAUGGAAAUUUUCUAAAUAAGGAUUCCCUGGAAUUAAGAAAAGCAUCUGCUAUCACAGACUUAAAGAAACAUCCUGAAACGGAAUGUCGACUUUCUAAAGAGCCGGAGAAGAAUUUGCCAUCAAAUUGCUGUCAGAAACUCAUGCAGAGAGCCAUCAAAGCAGAGUUGCACCUCUUAAAUGUUCACUAUCAGAUGUGUCACCGCCACUGCACCGAUAUUUACAGGCUUGUAGUGGAAAACAGGGCAGGGGUCAAUAGAUAUUUACCAAGUAAUUCUACUAAGAAGGAAUUAGCACCAGCACUGCUGUCUGUUUUGGGAGAUUUAAAGGUUAGAUAUGAGAGUUUGAAAGAAAAGAUAAACAAAGGCAUGCCUCUGGAAGAGCUGCCCCCACUGGCCGUGGAGUCAAAGUUAUUAUCGACCUUGUCUGCUUUUGCUUCCACGCUAACGAAAGAAGAAUCACAUGUCUUUUCAGGAGCAGAUCCUGAACUAGGUAAUCCAAGUACAUGUGAUGCUGACGUCUCUUCAAGCCUAAAAAAGACACUCCCUCAAAUGUCCUUACUGUCUGACAAGAGUCCUCCUAAACAGGAUGCAUCACCCAAGGAAGAUGGUUUAAAAAAUGGUGACAUAAAUAUAGACUUUAGUCAGCUGAAACUCGAUGACAAAGACUGCAAAAGUUACCGAGAAGUAAGUGAAGACUGGUUUGAUGCUAAAGAAAACCUGACAGGACUUGAUUUCUCAGGAAUACAAGAAACUCAAAUAGAAAAAGACAAAGGAGAUCCAAAGUUUCCACAAGAAAUGAAGAAUAUUGAACCUUUACGAAAAGAUAAAGGGUAUUUGAUACAUGUUGGUGGUCUCUGCUCUUCAGUAUCUGAGGCUGAUUUAAGGUCUCAUUUCCAGAAGUACCAAGUUUCUGAAAUUUCAAUUUAUGAUUCUUCUACUAAUUAUAGAUAUGCAUCCCUUGCUUUUAAAAAAAACAUUGAUGCAAAGAUGGCCGUGAAAGAAAUGAACGGGAUAGAAAUAAAUGGAAAGUCAGUAAAUGUGCGGCUUGUUAAAACUCCUGGAGAAUAUACAUCACCACUUUCCUGCAAAAGUGGAAAUAGAGUUACUUGGAAUAAUUCGGAGAGAAACACCAACAAAGAAAUUAACUCAGUCUCCUCUAUUUCAAGAUUGCCCAGAACUAGGCCAAGGCAGCUGGGAUCUGAGCAAGACAAUGAGUUUUUUCCUUUUGACCAGAAGGUUAGUUUUCUUGUUGGAUCCCUUAAAUGGUCUUUGUAUAGGCCAUACCGCAAUAAGUAGGUUUGUAGAACAAUAACUCCAGAAUCAGGGAUCUUGAAGUGGGAAUGAGAAUGUUAAUCUGUAUCGUUUCUAACCUUGAGUCCACCA